GUCCUGAUCUGGAACCUGGACAUCGGGGAGCCGGUGAAGAUGAUCGACUGCCACACGGACGUGAUCCUGUGCAUGUCCUUCAACACGGACGGCAGCCUCCUGGCCACCACCUGCAAGGACAAGAAGCUGCGCGUGGUGGAGCCGCGCUCCGGGCGGGUCCUGCAGGAGGCCAGCUGCAAGAACCACCGUGUCAACAGGGUGGUGUUCCUGGGCAGCACCAAGAGGCUGCUCACCACGGGCGUGUCCCGCUGGAACACGCGGCAGAUCGCCCUGUGGGACCAG